CCCCAACCCCACUACUUCAAAAUCAAAAUCAAAACCAAAAUCAGAAUCAAAAUCCUCUAUUUUAUCCUACAAAGCUAUAAUCACCAAGCUCCACCACCUCUAUCAAAGACACACACAUACAACAUAACAUAGAGAGAAAAAACAUAACAUUCUUACUUACCCAUAUGGAUUUGAAGCAAUGAAACCAGUGAGAGGGUUCAAAUUCAAUUAUGCGAACUCUUUGUGACGCUUGUGAAAGCGCCGCCGCUAUUGUCUUCUGCGCCGCCGAUGAAGCUGCACUCUGCCGUGCCUGCGAUGAGAAGGUUCAUUUGUGCAAUAAGCUAGCUAGUCGGCAUGUAAGGGUUGGUCUUGCUAGUCCAAGUGAUGUGCCACGCUGUGACAUAUGCGAGAAUGCACCUGCUUUCUUCUACUGCGAGACGGAUGGAAGUUCCCUUUGUUUGCAGUGUGAUAUGAUAGUUCAUGUUGGAGGUAAAAGAACUCAUAGAAGAUAUCUUCUGUUUCGGCAAAGAAUUGAGUUUCCAGGUGAUAAAUCUAGCCAUGCAGAAAACCCAGCUUCACUACCUCUGGAACCAGGUGAGGCUAAGAGAGGACAGAAUCCACUUCCCAAACUAAAAAUGGGAGAGAAGCUUCAAAAUCACAUGAUGCCACUGGUUCCAAUGCCAGAACCUGAAGGUGAUGGGCAGUCCAAGAUGGAAACUGAAAUGUUUGAUUUGAACAUGAACCCUAACAGAAUACACGAACAAGCAUCAAAUAAUCAUCAGCAUCCAUAAAUGGUGCAACUAGGCAGUGCAGUGCAGACAGGAUCUUACACCAGAAAUCUACCAACGGCAAAGGCUUCAUGUUGUUGUUCUCAUGCAUGUUAGCCACAAAGAGGACAUGCUCUUAUAUCCUGUUCUGGCAAAUCAGGCACCUAUUUAGGAAUUUUAUGUGGUAGUUCAACACAUCAUACUUCGACUGUAAUGCAUUGUUAACUGUAAAUUUGUGAUCACUUUCAAUGAACUAUAUGUUAACUAUUGUUUCUGGUUUCA